CAGGAGAAUGUGAUGCUGAUGAGCCUGACCGACAUGCAAAGUUCUCAAGCGCGGCAGUGUCUCGGAUUGGCUGGAGGCAGAACGCCACCUUUGUGCCACUUCCUGAUGGCCCGGGGUGGAUCACCUGAAGGGAAAACCCUCAGCUUUUACAGGUGUAGUUCUGCAAGGGGAGGAGGAGAGGCUCAUUCAUGGCAGCCAUGCAGGAGAGGCAAGACACACCUCUGGCUACACUGCAGCCACAGACUCGAUGUCUGCGAUGUGGGGACAUGCUGGAGUGGUCAGAUGAGCACAGUGUCCUGCUGGGCUGCUCCUGCUGCUCCACAGUGGAUGAAACACUAGAGAACGUCGCCAGAGGCCUGGCCGGCAGGAUAAAGAGAGAGAAGAGCCACUGGGCAGCUGGAAGAGUGGGUGACAUUGACUUCACUGGCUCUCCUAAGACCAGAGGAAAGUUUUUGAGGGUCCGCAGCAACACAGACCCAGUGCUGAUCUAUCAGAUGCUAACAGAGGAGUGGGGCCUUGCUCCUCCUCACCUGGUGGUGGCGCUGGUGGGAGGAGAUGAGCUGGCUCAGAUGAAGCCCUGGCUCAGGGACACUCUGAGGAAGGGGCUUGUGAAGGCUGCCCAGAGUACAGGGGCAUGGAUUUUGACUAAUGGUUUCCGCUUUGGCAUCACCAAGCAUUUGGGCCAGGCAGUGAGAGAUCACUCCUUGGCCAGCACCUCGUCUAAAGUUCGUGUCGUGGCCAUUGGCAUCGCACCCUGGAACAUGAUCCACAACCGAGAGGCGCUUCUCUCUGCCAAGGUGGAUGAGCCUGCAGUAUACAAGCCCCAGGAUUUGCCUCAUGGGUCGGUGUAUUCCCUGGAUAACAACCACUCUCACUUUGUGCUGGUGGAGGAGGACCCCAACCGACCAGGAGCCACCAGUGAGAUGAGGGUGAAGCUGCUCAAACACAUCUCUCUUCAGCGCACAGGUUAUGGAGGCGCAGGCAGUUUUGAGAUCCCUGUGCUGUGUCUCUUGGUCCAUGGGGAACCCAGGAUCCUAAAGAGGAUGUAUAAAGGCAUUGGCAAUUCGACACCAUGGCUGAUCCUGGCAGGCUCAGGAGGCGUGGCUGACAUCCUCGUCACGCUGAUGAAUAGGGGCUGCUGGGAUACGGACAGUGUUCAUGAGCUGCUGCUGGACACCUUUCCAAAUGCCCACCAUCGCACAGACAUCAGUAACUGGGUCAAGCUGAUCCAGAAGAUUCUUGAUCAUGGUCACCUCCUCACAGUCCACGACCCGGAGCAGGAGAGCUCCGAGCUGGAUACGGUCAUCCUCAAAGCUCUAGUCAAGGCGUGUAAGAGCCAAAGUCAAGAAGCUCAAGACUUCCUGGAUGAAUUGAAGCUGGCUGUGGCCUGGAACAGGGUGGACAUUGCCAAGAGUGACAUCUUUAAUGGAGACGUGGAGUGGAAGGCAUGCGACCUUGAGGAGGUGAUGAUGGAUGCGCUGAUCAACGACAAACCCGACUUUGUGCGUCUAUUUGUGGACAACGGCGUGAACCUGGGCGAGUUCCUCACUUACGGUCGCCUGCAGGAGCUUUACUGGUCGGUGUCAGAGAAGAGCCUCCUUCACAACCUGCUCCUUAAAAAGUACGAGGAGAAGCAGCUUCUUCUGGGUGCUGCCAGGUCGCCUGGUCUACCUGUGCACCACCCGCCUGAGCAAGGUGAGCGGAAACCUCGCUUCACCCUCUUCGAGGUCGCCAAAGUGCUGAAAGACUUUCUCCACGACUCCUGCAAAGGCUUUUACCAGAAGAUGCCAACGGAGAAGCCACCAAAAGGUCGGCUGUUCCACACGCAGAAGAACCUGGCAGAGUUAGAGGAGAGCUCCGAACAUCCUUGGAGGGAUCUGUUCCUCUGGGCUGUCCUGCAGAACCGACAGCAGAUGGCCAACUACUUCUGGGCUAUGGGCCCUGAGGCGGUUGCGGCAGCGCUGGCGGGUUGUAAGAUUCUGAAAGAGAUGGCGCGACUGGAAUCAGAGGCUGAGUCUGCACGGAGUAUGAAGGAGGCCAAGUAUGAGCAGUUUGCCCUUGAUCUCUUCGGAGAGUGUUACUCCAACAGUGAAGACAGGGCUUAUGCUUUGUUAGUGAGAAGAACACACUGCUGGAGCAAAUCUACUGUGCUAAACUUGGCAACAGAGGCGGAUGCCAAAUCCUUCUUUGCCCACGAUGGAGUUCAGGCUCUGCUCACUAAGAUCUGGUGGGGGGCGAUGAAGACGGACACGGCCAUCUCCAAACUUGUGGUGUCUUUUUUCUUUCCACCACUCAUCUGGACCAACCUCAUAAAGUUCAGCGAUGAGGAACUUGACAAUCGUAGUGGCCGUGAGCAGUUUGCAGAGCUGGACAGCAUGGAUACAGAAAAGGCUUUACUGCUUACUGAUGACGACGAUGCUUUGGACUCUUCCCCCGGCGGUCCAGCAGCUCAGAGCUGUGCCUCUGUCUGGUGGCGUUUCUUGCUGCGCCGUUGGCGUCGCUUCUGGAGCGCUCCUGUCACCGUCUUCCUGGGUAACGUCAUCAUGUACUUCGCCUUCCUCUGCCUCUUCACCUACGUGCUCCUGCUGGAUUUCCGUCGACCUCCGCCGUAUGGACCUGGACCUGCCGAAAUUAUGCUCUACUUCUGGGUGUUCACCUUGGUGCUUGAGGAACUUCGACAGAGCUUCUUCACAGAUGAGGACAUGAGCAUCUUAAAGAAGUUCAGGCUCUAUGUGGAGGACAACUGGAACAAGUGCGACAUGGUGGCCAUCUCGCUCUUUGUUGUUGGGGUUUCAUGCAGGAUGGUGGAUGGCACGUAUGAGGCAGGAAGAACAGUCCUCGCAAUAGACUUCAUGGUGUUUACUCUGCGUCUGAUCCACAUCUUUGCGAUUAAUAAGCAGCGCCCAAAGAUCAUCAUUGUGGAAAGAAUGAUGAAGGAUGUUUUCUUCUUCCUCUUCUUCCUGACUGUUUGGAUGAUUGCAUACGGAGUUGCCACCCAGGCUCUCCUCCACCCCAAUGACCCUCGUAUUGACUGGGUGUUUCGCAGAGCCUUGUACCGUCCUUACCUGCACAUCUUUGGCCAGAUCCCCCUGGAGGAAAUAGACUCUGCUCGCAUGCCUGACAUGAACUGCACCAAUGACUCUGAAGAGAUUAUCCUGGGCCUACGGCCGCCAUGUCCCAACGUUUACGCCAACUGGCUGGUCAUCCUGCUGCUGGUUAUCUUCCUUCUUGUCACCAAUGUGCUGCUGAUGAACUUGCUCAUUGCCAUGUUCAGCUACACAUUUCAGGUGGUUCAGGGCAACACGGACAUCUUCUGGAAGUUCCAGAGAUACAACCUGAUUGUUGAAUACCACAGCCGUCCAGCACUGGCCCCACCCUUCAUCAUCAUCAGCCACCUCUCUCAAGGCCUCCUCAGCCUGAUCAAACGGCCCGAGUCCAAGCAGGAGCUUCUUGAGAGGGAGCUGCCGGCAGGGCUCGACCAGAGGCUGAUCACAUGGGAGACGGUUCAGAAAGAGAACUACUUGGCCAAACUCGAGCGGCAGCACUGGGAGAGCAGUGAGGAGAGACUCAAGAGCACCUCCUCCAAGGUUCAGAGCCUGCUGAGGAUUGUUGGUGGGUUCAAAGACCAGGAGAAACGAAUGGUAUCCAUGGAGUCUCAGGUCAAAUAUUGUGGAGAGGUGUUGUCCUGGAUGGCAGAGUGUUUCGCUCAAAGCACGCUCAAGUGCGGGAAGGACGCUCCAAAAGCUCCAAUGUCUCUCACAGGCUACACAGCGAGCGGCGGUAACGAUGCUCCUCAAAGUCCACAGGAGAAAGACGCCAAACAAGAAGGAGGAAGAGAAGUCCGACCGGGUCACCCAGGAUAUGGAGCUAACAAAAAAUUCCCAUACAUUGAUGAAUAAAAAAACAUGCUGAGAGAGCUUAUGAUUAUACAAUAUGAAAAUUAUUGAGAUUAUUUGGAGGUUUAAUGUUGGUUUAAUUUAAGGAGCAAGGACACUGAUUUGUUUUGGACUUGAAUUUUUAAAUUCAUUAAAUGAUUAUAAAUCUG